AUGGACAGGUCUCGAAGGAGAAUUGUCAUCCUGGGAAAAACUGGAAGUGGGAAAAGCAGCCUGGCUAACACCAUAUUUGGAGAUGAACUGUUCAAGCCCGGCAGCACUGCCAACUCUGAAACUAGUAAAUGUGGAGCCAUAACAAAAUCUGUCAAUAGAAGAAAGAUCACUUUGAUCGACACUCCUGGUUUCUUCGACACAGAUCGAUCUGAGGAGGAGCUGAAGCCUGGAAUAGUGAGGUGCCUCACAGAGUGCGCUCCUGGGCCUCAUGCUUUUCUCAUUGUGCUUAAAGUGGAGAGAUUCACAGAGCAUGAGCAGGCUGUCAUCAAUAAAAUAAACCAAUACUUUUCUGAAGAAGUUCUCAAGUAUGCAACAGUUCUCUUUACUUAUGGUGACCUGCUCCCUGAAGGACAGACCAUUGAGGACUUUGUCCGUGGUAAUGAACUUCUGAGUGAUCUGGUGAAGAAGUGCGGAGGCCGCUGCCAUGUCGUUGAUAAUAAAUACUGGAAGAACAACCAGCAGGAUGAAUACAGGAACAACCAGUUCCAAGUGAAGGAGCUACUCAAAACAAUAGAUAAAAUGAUUGAGGCAAACAAAGGAAGCCGGUACACCCGUGAGAAACAACAACCUCAUGGGGGUUUGCUCAUAGCAAUGGCAGGUCUGACAGCCGCAGCCAGUGGCGCGGGAAGGGGGUGCUGA